AUGUUCAAGUUGUUCACGAUCACAAUCACGCUUACACUUUGCGUUGCAAGCACCUAUGGAAUUAAGAUGGAGGUUACGAUCAAGCCCUCUGGACGAGGAAACUGCAACGAGCACACAGAGUCGAGCGAUAAGCUGAUCAUCGAUUUUAUUUCUAUUUUCGAAACGGACAAGAAGGGCAUAAUUCUUAGCGGUGGAAUAUGGGAAGCAACAUCAGAGUAUCACAUCGUCUUACAUGUUCGUGCAAAAAAACUUACGUACGAUGAUGGUAUAUUUUAUUACUACACGGAAAGCACCAUGAAGUGGCACGAGUCUGAGGAUAAGCACACGGAUAUAGACGAUACGAUUUUUCAUGAGGCUCCAUUUCUACCAGGUCAUGUCAUGGUAAAACUCGAUGGAAAGACAGUGAUAAACGUGCACGAUCGGAAAGAUAUUUGCUACAAUAUGUACUCUUGGAUCCCUCAACAUGGGAUGUACCGCUUGGAUAAAACGAAGCACGAAUGGAUUUACAUGUUCUACUAUCCAGUCCAUAUUCCAUCCGUGCUUUCGUGA